UAUUUAAAUUAUAAUUGGUCGUUUUGGUCGAUCGACAAUUCCAAAAUAAACUGUAUAAAAAUUGAUUAAUAAUUUCCAACAUUUUUUUCAUGAAAUUUUUUGAAUAAUUUCCAAAAAUGUAUACAAAAAUCAUUGCAUUUGUAGUUAAUGCAUAUCUCGUUUCUAAAGCAUCAAUUCCACCAAGUCAAGAUGUAUCCACCAAAAAAGUUAUAUCAACAGAAGGAAGAUUAGGAAUAAUAAUUGGAAACUUCAUCCCUAAAUCAACAAUUAUUUUUGUUAUAAUGCAAACAUUUAUUUAUAUUUAUAUGAUGUUUCUACAAGAAAUUGGAUCAAUUCCAAUUUUAAACCAUAAAAUUUCUGAUUGGAAUUUAUUAGAAACUGUCAUAUUUUGUUUAGGUAUUGGAGGAACAUCGUUAAGAUUAUGGUGUUUUAAAUGUUUAAAAGAAUAUUUUACUUUUAAUAUUACAGUUAAAAAAAAUCAUAAAUUAAUUACUACAGGACCGUAUUCUUUAAUAGCUCAUCCUGCUUAUACAGGUGGUGGCUUGAUGAUUAUUAAUGUAAUCUUUCUGUGGUAUCAAUUAUGUUCCUAUGUUCCUGAAUAUUUUCCAGCUAGUCAGUUUGGUUCAUUUAUUUGGUUAGUAGGUUGGUGGAAUAUUAUCACUCAAUCAAUUUUCCUUAGUUUAAUCUUUAAACGAGUUUUUCAUGAAGAAAAGUUAUUGAAAGAUCAUUUUGGUAAAGAAUGGGAUGUCUAUUUUAAUCAAAGGAAGAGAUUUAUACCAUAUGUCAUUUGAAAUAAUUCUAUAUUUAGUUUUAUUUUUAACAUAUUUUAUUAUUAUUAUUAUUAUUGUAUUUAUUUACCAUUUCUCAUUUCAUUCUCUUUUUUUUAAAAAAAUAAAAAAAAUCCUUGCACAAGAAGAAUGACAAGGGUAAUUAUAUAUAAAUAA